AUGAAUAGGCCUGUAACUCAGAUGAAGAUGUCGGCCUUGACCCAGGCUUUCAAUGUGCACUGGGAGACUUGUGGACGCACUCCGUUCUGGCACACCCUGAAGGAGAACAUCCUCGCUGCGGCGUCAGAAACGAAAGCCGCAAGGAAGAGGGCCACAAGGAAGGAUACUCCAGUCACAAAGCAGCGCUUCCUCAAUCAAAUCAACGCGGCCUUCCACGAGAAGCUGCACUAUCACGCCAGGGAAGUCUUUGGGAAACUAUCCAACAGAAUUCUACCCAAGAAGGAAGUGGAUAAAUGGAGUGGCAUCGAGUUUGCUUCGGAGGCUCUCGUGCAGGAGGCAGAGUUCCACGAUCUUAGGAUCAAGGCUGGAGAUGAUAUCUCUAAACUGCCCAUCCAGGACUGCGACUAUCUUCUGGACAGCAUCAACUGCCUCGCAGAUACCCUCAGGGCCAAGGGCAUUGGUCCGGGACAGAAUGCGACAGCGGGUGGGGAGAGUGUCAAUAUGCCUGUGUCUGCUACACGGUUCAGAAUACGGAGCUCGGAUGAUUUGCCGGACAUGAAGCAUUUGGUCCUCACGCAUGAUUGCCCAGGGUGCAGUUGCUGUAAUCGAAAGCACCGUGCCUGA